AUGCAGAAGGACUCCAAGAACACUCAGAAAAGGAACACAGCCUUGUUUAUCCCAAAUAUCAUAGGAUACUUUAGGCUGGCUUUCCUGUUCAUUUCAAUUUUCAACAGCACGCCCGUCUUUGUUGGGCUGUACAGUAUUUCAUACAUCCUGGACGCGCUAGAUGGAUUUGCGGCAAGAUGUUUUAGACAGGAGUCUGAGCUUGGAUACAUUUUAGACAUGGCAGUGGACAGAGCCGCGUCAAGUGUGCUGACUCUUCGGGUUGUCUCUAAGUAUCCCCAUCUUUUCCCAGUCCUCGCGCCGUGUCUUGUACUGGACUUGGUGGCUCAUAUGUUCUGCAUUGUAAGCAGAUGUGUUAAUAAAACUUCGCAUAAGUCUCAUUCAGAAACAGGGUUUAUUGAUAAGGUGCUAUCUCUGUACUACACAAAAGCCAUUCUAUUCAUUACGUGUUUUGGAGCAGAGGUUUUCUUUUUGAACAUUCUCUAUUUUCACAAUGCCUAUCUAUUGCUGAUUUCCGGCGCAAUAUUCAGCUUUAAACAGCUCACCAAUGUGCUCCAGUUCCAGAAGGCUCUGUGUGCUCUAUCGGCAGGGGCAUGA